UACACGGAAGGCACGAAUACAACGGUAAUCAUCAGAGAUUACUGCGUUCUGAUGUAAUAUUUUUUUGUCAUCUUCAAUAAAACAUAAAAAUUACUCAUCAAUCUAACAGGAGAUAGCUCAGUCAGUCAGUUGUCCAUAUUGUCUUCCCACUACAUUCAUCGCCUAGCUCGUUAUGGACAUGGAAAACGUAAAACAGAUAUUCAGAGACGCUGGCACCGCGAUCAGCAGAGCUGUCCAAUUCACAGAAGAAAAAUUGGGUAAAGCGGAAAAAACAGAACAAGAUCCAAAUUUUGAACAACUAGUUACUUUUUGUGAUAACACAAAACAGAACACUGAAUCUAUAUUGAAGAAUAUGGAAUUUAUUUUAAAUUCUAAUCCUGGCAUGAGGGUGGAAAAUCUUUUUUUCUUAGACAAGAAAAAAUCUGGACUCAGCAGCUCAGAAUAUUUAGGAAUUGCCAUGACAGAAGCUGGAAACGAUUUUGGACCAGACACAGCUUACGGUAGUGCACUUAUAAAAGUUGGAAAUAUACAGCAAACACUGGGACUCAAUCAAAGAGAAUUUAUUAAAUCAGCCAAUGACUGCUUUGUGAACCCAAUGAAUAAAUAUUUAGAAACUGACAUGAAAACUGUUGUCAAAGAACGAUCACUAUUGGAAAAAAGAAGACUUGACUUAGAUGCUUGCAAAACUCGAGUGCGCAAGACCAGAAUGCUUGCAACAACUAAAGUUAAGCAAGAUGACUCUGGUCCUACUAUGGAAGAGUUAAUAGAUAAGGCUGAACAUGAUCUCAAGGUAGCUCAAGAAGAGUAUGAUCGUCAGGCGGAAAUUACCAAACUUUUGAUGGAAGGUGUUCCUAGUGCACAUCCUCAACAUUUGCAACACUUAUUAGAUUUUGUCGAUACACAAGCGGCUUUUUAUUUAAAAUGUCAUGAGUCUUUAAUGAGCCUUCAAUCAGAUCUUUCUGGAUUUCCAUCAGACCAAGACAAUGUUGCAACAUUAUCUCCUGAUACUCCGGCGUUGGGACGUAUACAACAAGCAAAAGUUAUUACUAGUCAAGAACCACGAGAUGCUAAUGAUUUAAGAUUAAGUGCAGGAGAAAUCAUUAGUAUUGAUGUAAAUUCCGACAUCGGUUCAAACUAUUUUAUUGGUAAAAAAAUUCAAAAAGGAAAAGUUUAUAAAAGCAAUGUUAGGCUUUUAAACCAAGGUUAAAUUGCUUGUGUAUCACUUCAUUUACAUUCCCUAUAGAA